AUGUGCACUGCUCGACGUUACAGCUCGCUCUGCCAGGGUCGGCGGCCGAUCGUCGUUCCCUCAGCUAUCAGAGCAGCUACCACUCUACAGUACCCCUUCGUAACCGGCAGCGGCUCGACAAAAUUUUUCGUUUCUUACACCGCCUUCCUGCCGGCUGCGACGUUCUCGACGCCCUCUGCACCACAGGCCGAAUCUGCGAAUCAAAAGCAUAUGCAAAUCACUCUGUGUACUUGCCACAACUAUUAUCUCACAAAUAUGAUUCAAAUCUGA